AUGCAACUGCAAGAGACACGCCGCCAGGCCGGCUACGACGAUGACGACAACAUUGAUGAUGACUCCGAGGCUCCCUUGACGAAAACAUUUGUCCCAAAUCUCCCUGCAACUUCCGAUAUGGUGAACAACAUCGACUGGUACGUCCUCAAUGACACCUUGGCGUGCAUUGGUAAUGUUUUUGGUAACAAUGAGAACAGCACCCUGGGUAACUCCGGCAUCGGUAUUGUCAAUGACACCAAUAUGAACUGUUUUGGUAAUAGCAACAUCGCUUCCGAUGGACCUACUUCUGGCGACAGUUCUGUUCACAGCAACAGAAUGAUCACAAUCGACAACAGCGGCAAAAGGAGCAGCAAUAACAAUCAUAUCAUUGACACCCACGCCAUCUGGACAAUUGUCACCAACGCAUUGCCUUAUUCGCUCCUUACCGUCAUGAAAUGGUUCUGUCUUUUCGAUUGGUCGCUGAAUAUUUGCGCCAGACCUACGCAGUCCGCGAGCUCUCAUGCCUUAUGA